AUGUCCGCUAAAAGAGUUGUUUUGAUCGAUAACUACGAUUCGUUCACCUGGAACAUCUAUGAAUAUCUUUGCACUGAGGGUGCUGAAGUUUUAGUUUUCAGAAAUGAUAAGAUUACUGUGGAAGAAGUUGAAGCAUUGAACCCUGAUAUUGUCAUGAUUUCACCGGGUCCAGGUCAUCCAGAGACCGAUUCCGGGAUAUCAAGAGACUGUAUCGCAUUCUUCUGCGGCAAAGUCCCUGUGUUUGGUGUCUGCAUGGGUCAGCAAUGUAUGUUUGAUGUCUUUGGCGGUGAAGUUAGCUUUGCUGGAGAAAUUGUUCAUGGUAAGACUUCACCAAUAUUCCAUGAUGGAAAAGGUUUCUUUAGAAAAGUACCUCAAGGUGUCGCAGUGACGCGGUACCAUUCGCUUGCUGGCGCCAAGGAAACACUUCCUGAUGUGCUUGAAGUUAGUGCAAGAACGGAGACUGGAAUUAUUAUGGGUGUGAGACAUAAGAAAUACACUGUGGAAGGUGUGCAAUUCCAUCCAGAAUCUAUCUUGACCGAGAGUGGGCAUCAAAUGAUCAAGAAUAUUCUUGAAGUAUCAGGAGGUACUUGGGAUGAGAACGCAGCUAACUUGGCUAGGAAUGAGCUCGGAAAGACAGCCAGCACUGAUAAAGCGAAAUCUAUCUUGGAAACUAUUUACGAAAAACGCCGUGAAGACGUUCAACUGCAAUCGACGAUCCCAGGUUAUCGGUUCUCUGAUUUAGAAGCCAACUAUAAGUUAGGUUUAGCUCCAAGGGUACAAGAUUUCUAUGCAAGAUUAACUGCUACUGAGAAAACAGCAGUCUUGGCUGAAGUGAAGAGAGCUUCUCCAUCGAAGGGUGACAUUGAUUUGAGUGUCGUUGCUUCAGAGCAAGCGUUGAAGUAUGGUCAGGCAGGUGCUUCAGCGAUCUCUGUAUUGACCGAACCUCACUGGUUCAAAGGUUCCAUUGAAGAUUUGAGAAAUGUAAGAAAAGUGUUGGAGGUGGCAUUUGCCAAUGACGAAUCGAAAAGACCAUGUGUAUUACGCAAAGAAUUCAUUUUCUCAAAGUACCAAAUCCUAGAAGCUAGACUUGCAGGCGCUGAUACUGUGCUAUUGAUCGUGAAGAUGCUUGACGACAACUUGUUGAAGGAACUGUACGAUUAUGCAAAAAGUUUGGAUUUAGAACCUCUAGUGGAAGUAAACUCCGCAGAAGAACUAAAACGUGCGUUGGCAAUUGGAUCAAGAGUGAUCGGAGUUAAUAACAGAGACUUGCACUCUUUCAACGUAGAUUUGAGUACUACCUCAAAAUUGGUCAGUUCUGUACCAGAGGGAACCCUACUAAUUGCUUUAUCUGGAAUAACAAUAGCAGCUGAUGCUGAUCAAUAUAAAAAGGAAGGUGUUCAUGGUGUUCUUGUUGGAGAAGCUCUCAUGAGAGCUGAAUCUGUAAAUAAAUUCAUCGAGGAGCUAAUCAACUAA